AUGGCGGGCAUGUCCAGCAAACGCCUCCAAAAAGAGCUCACCAAACUCCAUCAAGGCAGCCUACCCACAGGCAUCUCCCUCGUCUCCGCGCCCGACCUUCGCGAAUGGCAAAUGGACAUGACUGUGCCGGACAACCCCAUCUACAAUCCCGACGAAAAGUUCCGGCUGCGCAUCCAGUUCUCCACAUCCUAUCCGAUCGAAGCUCCCGAAGUGGUGUUCAUGCAACUCGCGAAUCCAGAGAGGAAGAUUCCCAUACAUCCUCAUAUCUACAGCAAUGGGAUCAUCUGUUUGGAUUUGUUGGAUGCGCAGGGGUGGAGUCCGGUGCACAACGUGGAGAGUAUUUGUAUCAGCAUUCAGAGUAUGCUAGCGAGCAAUACCAAGAGCGAGAACAAUGGCGAUGACAUGGCUGCUCUUACACCCGCGUCGAAGAAGGCGAUAGCCAACCUCCGCGCCUUUGCCGGUCCUCCUACAAACUACUUCCGAUGCCCUCUAACGAGAAGGGCAGCAGUAUUGAUAUUGCUGUUCGCGGAUAAGAGAGGAGACCUGAGAGUCAUCUUGACCAUCCGAAGUGCUACAUUGAAGAGCUAUGCCGGCCAAGCAGCUCUCCCCGGCGGAAAAGCAGACACACUCUCCGAAACGCCCUUCACCACCGCCCGGCGCGAAGCCUUCGAAGAGAUCGGCCUUCCCAUGAGCGACCAUGCACUGCCACCAGGCUACACAGUCGAGCAUCUGACCGAACUUCCCUGCAACCUAGCCAUGACCGAGCUAGGCGUGCGGCCCUGCGUGGCAUAUCUGAAGACUCCUCCGCCGAGUGAUCGUAACAAGGAACCCGACGCGGCGAGGGAUAUUCUGCCAAAGCUGGAUGCAAGGGAGGUGGCGGCGGUAUUCACGGCGCCGUUUGAGAAUUUCUUAUGGGAGCGGGAUAUGGAUGAGAAAGUGAGGGAGAAGGUGCCAGGGGAGUGGUAUAAAGGAUCAUGGCAUUCGUGGCACGAGACUGCUUGGAGGAUGCACCAAUUCUUCGUCCCCGUCACCCCAUCCACCGUCUUCCUCGCCUCCACCAAACGACCAACCUCCUACACGGACCCACGUCCACCGACUUCAACCUCCACACCCACACCCAAAACGCCCACAACCACCACCACCAAACCUCCUCCAGCUCCAAACUCCUCACUCCAACCUCCCCUUCCCAAAUCCUUCUACACCAACACCAACAACGCCCUCCAACAACCCCGGUACCGCGUCUUCGGCAUGACGGCCCGCAUCCUCGUCGACGCCGCGCGCGUGGCGUACGGUCGUGAACCGGAGUACGAGCACAAUUCGCACUUUGGGGAUGAAGAGAUCAUGGCGAAAUUGAUGGGGAUCGGAAGGUUGGCGGAGAAGAAGGUGGAGGGGGAGGUGUUGACGAGAGAGGUGAUGAGGGAGGCGGCGAGGAGUAAGAUUUGA